GGGAAGAGGUCCUGGGACAGCGCUGGCAUUCACAGUCGGCGCCGAGCGGCUGCAGGGAGCGAGCGGGAGUGGAGGACCUCGGUGCAGAAUGACUGCCAUAGCGGUGCAGGCCCAGAGACUGCUGAGCCAAAGGAGGCCCCACUGGUCCUUCUUUGAAUCCUUCAUCCGGACUCUCAUCAUCGUGUGUGCUGCCCUGGCCGUGGUCCUGUCCUCUGUCUCCAUCUGUGAUGGUCACUGGCUUCUGGCUGAGGACCGCCUCUUUGGACUAUGGCACUUCUGUACCAACUCCAACCAGACUGGGACACACUGCCUCAGAGACCUGAGUCAGGCUGGCAUACCAGGGCUGGCUGUGGGCAUGGUCCUGGUCCGCAGCAUGGGUGCCUUGGCUGUGGUGACCGCCAUUUUUGGCGUGGAGCUCCUCAUGGUGUCCCAGGUGUGUGAGGACCUCCACUCACUGCGCAAGUGGGCCCUGGGCUCCAUCCUCCUCCUCAUCUCAUUUGUCCUCUCCUCUGGGGGGCUCCUGAGCUUUGUGAUCCUCCUCAGGAACCAUGCCACGCUCAUCGGCUUCACCCUGAUGUUCUGGUGCCAGUUCACUGCCUCCUUCCUCCUAUUCUUGAAUGCCAUCAGCGGCCUUCACGUCAACAGCAUCACCCACCCCUGGGACCAGCUAAGGAAACUUUAAGACCCUCUCUCCAAGGACAUCUGGUUCCAUAAGAAAGUGUGGUCAAGAUGGAACUUUUCUAACAUGUGACCUCUGGUGGGGGUGGGAGUGUGACCUUGAAACACUGCUUACCCAAUAACCUUUGGAUGGUCGGCCAGAAAUGGCCCAGGGGCCUUUUUCCAGGGCCAGAGGCCAGGAGGAUGCCUUAGUUUCACCACCCUCACAGGUUUAGCCAAGUUAUUAGGUUGUACAAUAGAUUGUAGAGCACAUUUUAAAACCCUUUUCUUGAAUCCUUCUUCCCAGGACAGAAGUAGAUUUGGAAGUAGCUCUGGUAACUGGUACCUGGACUGGCUGCACAGCCAAGUGCCAUUCACACUUGUUUUAUGGCUCCCAUGUUUGCAAAGGGUGGAUCAUUUUCCAGCUAAGGAUAUCCCAUCAGUGCUUAGGACUGUCUUCUACCAACUCAAAGGAACUGUGUUCAUGCUUCCCUGCUUUAGCAUUGGUUACACCAAGGAGGAAGAGUGCAGGAUUCCCUCAGAAUGUCUUGUACAUGGUAGGUUUUCAAACAUGUUACUUGAUGUGACCCCUGUCAUUUGGGGAACCCCAUAAUCCCUGCCUAGGCCCAUCUUCCAACAGCCGGUUGUCUGCUCUGGGCGGGGGGGUCUGCCUCUGGGAAUCCUGCCUGAAGUCUUUGAGAAGUUUUGGAGUAAGUAUUCCAGAAAAGCCCAUCUGAUUCUAAUGCACAGCCCUCCCCAGGGCGAGUAUGUGUGUCCAUCUUUGGUGAGGAUCAGACAGCCUCAGGGUACCAGUGUUGAUCCUACAUACAUUCAAAGAGCACCUGUCUGGACCUGCUAGACCUUGGGUGAUGAUUAACAAACAUCCUAAAGAUGAGUGCAGGUGAAGGCAGCCAGGAACCAGUGAAGAUUUCAUCCUUGCCAGCAGAUCGGUGUUUUUGUGCAUUAAAUCACCCCCUUUCCAGUC